AUGGAGACGUACUACGGACACGUCCGCACACCUGCGGACGCUAUUAUUCUUUUCGAGGCUUGCCGAAUCGGCCUUCUACCUCGCGUGCAAAGACGAUUAUCAGAGAAAGAGCGACAAUCGAUACGUUCCGGUUCGGUAUUUGUAUGGGACGAGCGAGAAGCCGGUAUGCGGCGAUGGACCGACGGGAAGUCAUGGAGUGCCAGCCGUGUAUCUGGUAGCUUUUUGACUUAUCGCGAAAUGGAAGGCAAGCGCGGAGGUGGCAGUGUCUCUCAGGGCUCUGCGUCCCGAGGAGGCAAGACACCUGAGAGUCGGGGAAGUGACGAUGAGCGCGCCGAUGGAACAGACGAGGGACCCGAUGGAUAUCGUUACAAACCAGAUGGUUUGAUGAAGCAGUCUUUCAGUAUCACGACAUCCAACGGUCAACACUUGCAUCUGAUCAGCUACUAUUCACGAUCCCACCCUUCUGCCGCCAACCUACAACAACCAACUUCCGAUCCUGCGCUGCGUCAUGUUCGACCCCAGAAAGGUCUCUACCCCGAGUCGACAGUUAAUGAUCAGCAAAAUCUCCCUGUCGUUACCCGUGGACCUAUGGCUGGCGCUGCUUACCCUAUUACUCCUCAUCCCCUCGGCGCAUACCCACGCGUCACUCAUACACAGCCAUACCCGCCUGCCUAUGCUUGGCCACCCACCCCUCUAGCCACACCACCGACUGUCUCGGUUCAAUAUGGCCCUGGUCCUUCAUAUCUCCCCCAGUAG